AUGGGGCGGGUCCAUCUUCUCAACGAACUGAUAGGAGAGUGCGGGAAAAACGACGCAGUGGCAUUGUGCUUCGAGGACUGUUUAGGUAAGGACACGGUAAGCUCCUCGUCGUUGUAUUAACCAAAAUCCGAUAUAAAAGUAAUUUGGAGUUAUUAACUUAUUUUGAUUAUAUUAGAGUGCAUCUGUACAUCAACGACAGCGUAUAAAGCAGUAUACUUUGCCACAUAGAGACUAAGGAACGCUGAACAAACAUGGCUGCUAAAGCUAGCGGGCUAACAAGCUAACACAAAAGCUACAAUUCGCUGUCGUUGAGCUAAAAGAAGGCGGACCUGUUCCAUGUGGCGCGUGAUUGGGUUUUAUGCAGGAUCGUCACAGCACAAGUGUAUGGCACAGAUGGUAGAGUACAGUUUUAUCCUGAACAACAUACUUGUUUGGCAGCUAGUUACAACAAAUGUCUUAUAAGUUAACGUAGCAAGUAACUAACAUUUUUGUAUAAAUAUGUUUGCAAUGAAAAGGUCCGUGUCUCUACUAUUCUGCAUAACUUAUCAGUCAGCAGCAUGGUGCAAAGGUCAGAUCUGAAACCAUGUUCAUGUGGCAAAUAAGCUUGCCAGCUGUCAUGAGUAAGUGUCCUGUGCUUUUCUUGACCUUUCAUUCUUUACUUCUGGUUAUUCUGUCCUCCAGCCCAAUUAUGUCACUGGUUAUGCUGAUGCACCUGUUUUAGUAUGUAUCUAUUGAUUGCUGAGGUUGUGGAAAUCCUUGAUGAAAGAGAAUUGAGUAAGGCUUGAAUUACAAAUUAAGUUAAUGUGACAUGGGUCAGGUCCGUGAACAACUGACACACAAUUGAAACUUUAUAAUUUCUUUGAUCAUGUCCCAUGUUUAUUGUAUUGUAGUAUUAAGAUUCCAUUGAAAUUCCCCCAGUUCUUUGUUUGCCACCACAUAUUGUGGUGUCGCAUAUGGCUCAAUUGGUAGAGCAUGGCGCUUGUAAAGCCAGGGUUGUGGGUUCGAUUCCCACGGGGGACCAGCAAAAAAAAAGUAUUCGCUACUGUAAGUCGCUCUGGAUAAGAGUAUUUGCUUAAAUGACUAAAAUGUCAAUAUUACCCAAUUCUCACCUAAGUAGCUAUGUCGAUUUGUAACUGUAGGGUUGCUGGUUCAGCCCCUGGUACUCACCGGAACAUGUAUUUCCCUUCCAGGACCAGUGAUGAACAGGAUAAGGAUCCACGUGUUGCCAUCGAGCAGGGGCCGUGUGGCCCAGACCGCUCGUACCCAGGAGCCCCAGGCCUGCUCCUUCACUCAGCGACCCUGCUCCCAGCCGCGCCUGGAGGGCCUGGAGUUCUGCAUCAAACACGUCCUGGAGGACAAGAACGCCCCUUACAGACAGUGUAGCUACGUCUCCAACAAGAAUGGCAAGCGCUGCCCGAACGCAGCCCCUAAGGUGGAAAAGAAAGAAGGGUGAGUGAAGCAACUUGGAUAUAAAUGCAUUUUAUCAAACUCUCAAAACAACCACAUUUUGAUGUAUAUGGGCUUAAAUUUGGGAAAACACUUGAAGUUUAUCAAUGAAGACUGAGUCUUUUGCUUUUCAAGUCAGUUCUUCAGAAAUAUCUGCGACAUCUUGAAUUCUCUGUGACAUUAGUUCUUAUCUGACGUGUGAUUCUUAUGUCUACAUUCAGGGUGACCUUCUGUGCGGAGCACGCUAGAAGGAAUGCCAUGGCGCUCCAGGCCCAGCUGAGAAAGGCCUCGUCCGGACCCUCCCCUGAGGCCCUCCUAUCUCAGCUCAGUGGGUACAACCGCCCUGAGACGCAUGGCCUGGACAGUGGCCGCAGUGAAGCCACCCGCAUCCUAGGUGAAUAACGUUCCUGCAUCUUUUUUUCCCCUUCACAGCCAUAUGCAAUGGCAACAUGUUUUAGAAUAACUUAAUUUUUCCUAGAGUGAACUUCAGUUCUUAACCAGUCUGCACAAUAACUUAUUUCCCAUUUGCACCCUCAUUUCUUACAUGUGCUUGACCUCCAGAAGAUGCAUGGACUAAUUUCACUCUCCCUUUACUACACACUAUUGCUAAAAGGGCCCAAAUCAAGUCUGACAGCUUGUGGUAGCGGUUCAGAUCCUAACAGGGCCAACAUUAACAUCUUCCCAUGGUCUGUUGGUAUUCCCCCAUAUUAACAAAGGGAAUAGUCAAUUCAGUUGGAAGGAACAAAACUCCUCCUUUACAAAUCAUAAUGAUGACUUUCUAAAUCAUUAUUUCAACAUGUUUUUCAAGCUAAAACAUACAGUGCAUUCAAAGUAUUCAGACCCCUUGACUUUCUCAAUUGUAUGUUACAGCCUUAUUCUAAAAUGGAUUCAUGUCUUUUUUUUAUUUACAAACAAUACCCCAUAAUGACAAACCAAAAACAGGUUUCUAGAAAUGUUUGCAAAUUGAUUUAAUCCAUUUUAGAAUAAGGCUGGAAGGUAACGAAGUGGAAAAAGUCAAAGGGGCCUGAAUACUUUCCGAAUGCACUGUACAUACCCUUGGUCAUGUAGUGUAUGUGGACACCUGCUCGUCGAACAUCUCAUUCCAAAAUCAUGGGCAUUAAUAUGGAGUUGGUCCCCCGACCCCGCUGCUGUAACAGCCUCCACUCUUCUGGGAAGGCUUUCCACUAGAUGUUGGAACAUUGCUGCAGGAACUUGCUUCCAUUCAGCCACGAGCAUUAGUGAGGUCGGGCACUGAUGUUGGGCGAUUAGGCCUGGCUCGCAGUUGGUGUUCCAAUUCAUCCGAAAGGUGUUCGAUGUAGGGCUGGGCAAUUUAUAUAGAAUACAUUUGUUUUUGCGCGAUAUUCCAAAUGCCUGUAUCGCAAGAAUUUAGUUAACAUUUAUUUUUUAUUUUUUUGUGUUUAUGUCCGCAUGUUCUCAUGUUGUAAUUUUGGUCUCCUCUCCUUCGCUCCUCUGUGCUGUGUGUACCUUCCCCAUUUACACCAGAGAUCUGUAUACAAUGACGAGAUGCACGUCUCCGCCCUAACAAUGGGAGUUGUUGUCCCAAAGGCGGGAAGGCAGGCAACAAGCUUAGUUCCAAAAUAAGCCCAUAGAAACGCAUUGGCCUUAUUUUGGACAGAUUUCCGUGCGAGUGAAACCGCUCGCUUUGCCUCUUCCUCUAUGGUUUACACACAACAAGCCCCUGCCUCUCGCACCAACAAAGUUGAGAGAUCACAUCUUCCUCUCUGGCAAGCGGUUUCAACUCACUAUUUGCAUUUGAGGUUUGGUCCAAAAUAAUCUAAUAUGGAAAAACACAUUGAGACAUUAUUUUGCUGUAAUAGAGAAGUUAACUUUUCAAACAAUACCAUUUUUGUUUCAACUACUCAAAUUGCGCGCAGAGCAGACACUACUAAAACGAGAGUAUCAAUGAACAUUGAUUCUGGAAAGUGAAUGCUCCGUUUGUCGUGCAUGGAAUUGGUAGGUUAGCAGCAUUUUAUCCAAAGACUGUUAGACUAGACAGCUAGUAUAUGUUUUGUAAAUGUGCAAUAAGCAUAAAACACAAUUUUAUAUAAGGAAUUGGCAACUCAUUGUCAUUCUGAGCAAUAAGGUAGGCCAUUUGAUUUCAACAUCUGAACAAAGUGGACAGGGUAACAUGCUUUUCAAACAGUUGGAGACAGACCGACAAGGUUGUGUUCAUAACAAUUAAACUGUUCAACCUUGUUAGCUAGCAAAUAGAUCCUAGUUGGCUAAACUUGAAAUAUAAAGAUUAGCUGGCUAAUCACUAGCACGUGGGCUUGUUGAUGUGACCUAUGUAAAUGUUAGACAUUAUUAGUGAAUGUGCAUAAUGCACGGUUCUGGUUACAAUUGUAACAAAGGGCAUUUUCAUAGACUUGAAAGCCAGAUCGGUGAAUCUUGCAAAAAAGCAAGUUAACUAAAUUAUUAUGAGAAUAGUUUAUUAGUGUGUCUUAUGGCUGUGGAAUGCUUAUAUUUAGCCUAGGUAUAACUUCACAAGCCCUGAAUUCAUUAGAUUAGUGCUGACUGUUCUGAAAUGAAGUGUAUUUGACCUUCUUAAUUGAAAGGAUUCAGACCCCUUGACCUGUUCCACAUUUUUUUAUGUUACAGCCUUAUUCUAAAAUGAAUUUAAAAAAUAAAUAACAAAUCCUCAAUCUACACACUACCUCAUAUUGACAAAGCAAAAACAGGUUUUUAGACAUUUUUGCAAAUGUAUUGAAUAAAAAGCAUUCAGAGCCUUUGCUAUAAGACUCAAAAUUGAGCUCAGGUGCAUCCUGUUUCCAUUGAUCAUCUUUGAUGUUUCUACAACUUGAUUGGACAUGAUUUGGGAAGGCACGCACAGACCAGUCUAUAAGGUCCCACAGUUGACCGUGCAUGUCAGAGCAAAAACCAAGCCAUCAGGUCAAAGGAAUUGUCCGUAGAGCUCAGAGACUGGAUUGUGUCGAGGCUCAGAUCUGGGGGAGGGUACCAAAAAAUGUCUGCAGCAUCAAAGGGCCCCAAGAACACAAUGGCCUCCAUCAUUCUUAAAUGGAAGAAGUUUGGAACCACCAAGACUCUUCCUAGAGCUGGCCGCCCGGCCAAACUGAGCAAUCCGGGGAGAAGGGCCUUGGUCAGGGAGGUGCUCCAGAGUUCCUCUGUGGAGAUGGGAGAACCUUCCAGAAGGACAACCAUCUCUGCAGCACUCCACCAAUCAGGCCUUUGUGGUAGUGGCCAGACGAAAGCCGCCACUCAGUAAAAGGCACCUGACAGCCGGCUUGGAGUUUGCCAAAAGGCACCUAAAGGACUCUCAGAUCAUGAGAAACAAGGUUCUCUGGUCUGAUGAAACCAAGAUUGAACUCUUUGGCCAAGUGUCACGUCUGGAGGAAACCUGGCAAAAUCCCUACGGUGAAGCAUGGUGGUGGCAGCAUCAUGCAGUGAGGUUGUUUUUCAGCGGCAGGGACUGGGAGACUAGUCAAGAUCGAGGGAAAGAUUAAUGGAGCAAAGUACAGAGAAAUCCUUGAUGAAAACCUGCUCAGGACCUCAGACUGGGGCGACGGUUCACCUUCCAACAGGACAAUGACCCUAAGCACACAGCCAAGACAACGCAGGGGGGGCUUCGGGACAAGUCUCUUAAUGUCCUUGAGUGGCCCAGCCAGAGCCUGGACUUGAACCCGAUCGUACAUCUCUGGAGAGACCUGAAAAUAGCUGUGCAGCGACGCUCCCCAUCCAACAUGGCAGAGCUUGAGAGUAUCUGCAGAGAAAAAUGGGAGAAACUCCCCAAAUACAGGUGUGCCAAGCUUGUAGCAUCAUACCCAAGUAGACUAGACGCUGUAAUCGCUGCCAAAGGUGCUUCAAAGUACUGAGUAAAGGGUCUGAAAACUUAUGUAAAUGUGAUAUUGAAGUAUUUUUUUGUUUGUUCAGAUUUCUAUUUUAAAAAAAUAUAUAUGUUAUGGGGUAUUGUGUGUACAUUUGAGGUGGGGGGAGAUUUAAUCCUUUUUUAGAAUAAGGCUUGAACGUAACAAAGUGGAAAGUCAAGUCUGAAUACUUUCCGAAUGCACUUGCUAGCUAGUGUCAUGACUUUCCUGUUUCUUUGUUGCUUUGAGCCAUGCCGUAGAGCAGAGGUAUUGACUAGUGCUUGUCUGUCAGAUGUGGACAGCUGGAGUGAGGAGGAGCAGGGACCGCUGGUGCUGGACCAGACAUGGAGAGGAGAUCCAGACAGUGAAGCUGACAGCAUCGACAGUGACCAUGAGGAUCCUCUUAAGUAAGGCACCUUUUGGUGUUGUGUGCUUGCUUGUGCUCACAUUACAUGGGUCUUGUAAUGCCAUGAGAUUAGUUUCCAAUAAUUAUAUACUCUGUAAAAAUCAUGUAACUUUUCAAGGCAUUGAUAUUGGAGUGCAUUUAGCUAACCUUUGCUUUGGGCUGUGUCAAAAUUAUGAAAGCAAGAUCAGAGUAGGGCUGUGGCGGUCAUGAAAUAUUGUCAGCUGGUGAUUGUCAAGCAAAUAACUGCCGGUCUCACUGUAAUUUACCCUUAAUUAACAUAAACCCAUUUAGCAUCUCCUGGCUUCCACGCAUAGCAUAGAAGCCACUGAUGCAGACCUUUUUAGAACAUCUACAUUUUAGAAAGUCUAAUAAAUCCAUGUAAUAUUGCCUACACCAUCCACAAUACAUCCAUUUGUUUUAGACCUGUCUAAAGAGACAUGAUAAGAAGAAAAUGUAGUCUAUUUCAGAAGAACAUAAUGGCGUACUCUGAGUUGUGCUUUAGGCCAUGAUCUGGCUAUGUCAUAUGGCUGUGUGCGACACUAGUUAAUUUAGCAGACACGAUUUGCUUAGAAUUUCGUGGCAUUAUUUUGUAGUAUGAAGAAUACAAUUGAACAUAGCUGAAAUGAAAUAUAAAAUAUAUUUUCUCCAAACGAUUUGAGUGCGCACAUGUGGCUAUUGUGUUGAGGGGUUAACAAAGAAACGGGUACUCCUAUAUGCUUAAUUUAGAGUUAUGUAACUUGUGAUAAAUAUUGGGCUAUAUGUUUAGAUUUCUAAUACAUUCUAAGGCUGCAUGAUGCAACUAAUUUGAAAAAAAGUCUAAGGCAUGAGCUCUGCUUAGUUUUUUGAGAAGGCUGUACACACUUCAUCAGUCUCUCAUUCACAAUUUGACAAGCACUUGAUAAUGCUUCGAAUUUCCCGGCUGCAUCCCCUUUGUGUGGCCGUAAUGCCCCCUAAAAAAAUCCAUACCCUUUGCUGCCAGUGGCCAUUGUGCCCUUGGGCUGAAUUUAAUAAUUAUAAUAACCUUCUCUGGGCUGCGUGCCGAGACAACACCUCUCAUCCACAUGGCUCUCCGUCAUGUGAUCGGGUCUUUUUCGCAGGCCACAAAUGAAGACUGACACAUCGGGGAUGCAACUGCGCGCGUCCUUAUCCAAUUCUGAGGCGCAUAUUGGAAGAAUUGUCCACAUUGUGAGUAGGACUACCGAACAGCAAAAGCACUAGCUUAUGUCAAUCUACUAUCCCCCAUUGUACAAAAGUUGACCAAUUCUAUUGGGCAACUUGUCCUGCUGUGCGAGAAAUAAAUACUCCAAACAUAGUUUGGGACAGUUGUGGGAUGCAACCACUAGCAUCAAAAAACCUGUUUUUUUAAAGUACUAACACAACAGAUGAGAACGUUUAUCUUAAAACGUUGAUAACUUAGGCUAUUUCUUCACAUAAGUGCAGCAAUGUGCACACGGCAGUAGGCUAUAAGCGCGAAUGUUCAAUUUUCUCAAAAGUGACCACAAAUGCGAUUUAUGCAUGUAUUGCUUUUAUUGUAAAGGUGCAUUUUUAUGGCGACAAUUAUCUUCCCCAAGCUUAACUCACGCGCUGUGUAUGCAUGCCAGUUAGGCUCUGCACCCGUUAUAAAUCGGAUUAAUGUGCUUUAUCAAAACAUAUAGGCCUAUGGGCUAGGCUACGUGAGGUGUGCGACCUAUGAUUUGAAAAAGUUGCAAUAAAAAUAAUGUGCUGUGUGCCUUAAGCUGGGCAUCAUUCACAAGUGAUAGGCUAAUAUUGUCACCAUCACUCUUCUUGAUUUAAUCUUGUCUUUACGUAUAAUAAAUAAUGUUACUUUUAAUUUGAUCUAGAAUGGACCAUUAUCAUGCACCUGUCUCGAAACAGGGGCACCGGAAAGAAAUGCAUGUCAUCUAUGCACUUAAAUAGCUAAUGGGCGACGCUUUUUACGUGGUUCAUUUUCAUGCCAGCCAGGUAGGCUAUACUCCUGUUGUGAAGAGAAGCAAUGUGCUUAAUAUUAGGAAAGUUGAGAAAUAAAUAUUAGGCCUAGCCUAUAGAAAUCUGAUGGGAUCCUCUUUUUAAUAGAGUCCAUCACCCUGUGUUCUCACGCAAUUGCAUAGCCUAUAGUAAUGUUGCGCAACAUGAGCUAAUGGGCUCUCAUUAAGUGUUUUGACUUAGAUUUUCGAUUACAUUUGCGUUGAUGUGAUUUAGAGGCGCAAUGGAGUGCAGAGUACCAGGCAGUUAGCAAGUUUGGUAGGCUAUUAAUGAUAUCAGCAGCAUCAUAGCUUAGAGAAGCCUAAUUACCGUGAAAUUUGACUGCCUUCAUGAAUCGUGACCGCCGGUGUUGCGACUAUACGGUCAACCUAACAACCCUAGAUCAGACAAAUAUUUGCAGUAGACUGUUAACUGUUUGCAUUGGUUGUUUGACCUACAGACAUGCAGGGGUGUACACAGCAGAGGAGGUUGCUCUCAUCACACGGGAGAAGCUCAUCAGACUCCAGUCUCUCUACAUCGACCAGUUCAAACGCCUGCAGCACCUCCUCAAGGAGAAGAAGCGCCGAUACCUGCACAGCCGCAAGGUGGAGCAUGAGACCCUAGGUAAAGCCAUGGCGCUGCACUAACCCAGCCAGUUCUGGCCUGUAGUUAGUCAGGGUUGUGACCAAUAGAGUUCACUGUAGCGGAACAUUUUUAAACAGAAAAUAAAUAUAAUCGUUCCAGUUGGACAGCUUCAUUUAGUACUCCAUAUUGAACAAAACCCAGGUGUGAUCGUGGGUUUUCCAGUUGAGAUAAUUGUGGUGAUUCCUGCGUAAUUAAUGGGUGCGCUUUUUGAAUACUGGCUCUGACCCCUUGUGUUUUCUGUCCAACAGGGAGUAGUUUGCUGACUGGCACAGAGGGUCUCUCCAUGAAGGAGAGGGAGAACCUGAGGAAGCUGAAGGCUCUCCGUCGGUACCGCCGCCGGUACGGCGUGGAGGCUCUGCUUCACCGGCAGCUCCGAGAGAGGAGACAGGCUGUCACAGAAGGAGCUCCUCCUCAGGUCUGUGGCUUAACUGUUUGUAGGGAUGGACUCUAAUGCCGCGAACUCCAGCAACCGUCUGUGGCCUGGCAGAAGUAACUAGUUGUGUUCCAGGUUGUAUGUGAGUCUCAGAAGAUUGACUGUGGAAAUUCCUAGCAUCCCAAAUCCACUCUGCUCGAGCCUCACAUAGGGCUGGGCGAUAUGGCCUAAAAAUCAUAUCUAGAUUUUUUUUGAAUUUAUGGGCGAGUCAUGAUAUACAAAAGUAUGUGGACACCCCUUCAAAUUAGUGUAUUCAGCUAUUUCAUCCACACCCAUUGUGUAUAAAAUCAACAAUACAAACAUUGGCAGUAGAAUGAAUGGCCUAACUGAAGAGCUCAGGGCAAAAUACUGCAUGUAAAAAAUAUACCUAGGCUAAAUAUAAGCCUUCCACAAACAUAAGACCCACUAAUAAUUUAAUUUGAGCAAUAAUUUAACAUGCUUUUUUUGCAAUAAUAACUGAUCUGGCUUUCAAGACUGUCUAUGAAAAUGCCAUUUUGUUACAAAUUUAACCAGAACCGUGCACAUCCACUAAUAAUUACCAAGUUCUUGUAGCAGGCGUUAUAGAAAAUUAACACGUGUCUCAUAAAAAAUGCUAGUCAGUAGCCAGCUAAUCUUUUAUAUUUCAAGUCUAGGCAAAUUUGCUCCGUUUGCUUGCUAACAAGGUAUAACAGUCGUGUUCAUUGAUACUUUCGUUUAGUAGGGUCUGUUAUACAUUUUGGGAUUUGAGACAUAAAAAUGGUAUCGUUAGAAAGAUCUAUUACGAAGUGUAUAAGCGUUUCGGUGUCCAUAUGAUCGAUUAUUUUGGACCAAACCUCAAAUGCAAAUAGCGAGUUUAAACUGCUUGUUGUAAGAAUAAGUUAUUUCGUCAUUGUGAGUGGCAGGGGCUUGGUGUCUGUAUGAGAAGGUGCACAGAAGGCGCAAAAGAGACGAGACCAAAAAUGCAGAACGCUCAUAAAAAUUUAAUAAAUUGAUUCUUGCGAUACAGGCAUUUGGAACAUUGUGCUAAAACACCAAUUCAAAUUAAUUUGAUAUAUCGCCUCAGUACAAUAGUGCCAGCAGAGGGAACAGUGUAAUAUUUUGCGGGAACGCAGGCAGUAUGCCGGAUUUGGUAUAUCCUGACUAAGACAUUGCUUGAACUGGUCAGCAAAUACGUUAAAACCUCUUCUGAUGAAGUUGUGUUUAAUAAACUUUGGCUGAGGAAUUUGUUUGAGGAUUUUAACCAUAGUCCUGUGGUUGUGUGUUCUCUCUACAGGUGCAUACGAUGAGGUCUAGCCAGAGGUGUAUCUCCUAUGUGGAAGGGACCCGCUGUUCUAACCAGUGUCUCCCAAUGACGCGACACUGCGUCUCUCGUAUCCUUCAUACUGUUCUUCUGUUGUCAUCUCUAUGAUCAGUCAUGUGAUUACCUAAAGUUCAAAUUUGAAUGAAAAUAAUAUUUUUCAUUGACUUUUGUGGGUGUUAAACUACACAUACUAAUGCUUGUUGUGCCGAAAGCCUUUAUUUUUUUGGCCUAAAACUUCAGCAUUAGCUAGUAAGGCGUUCCAAGCUUGUUAACCAGUCAGCACAGUAACUUAUAUCCCGUUUGCACCCUCAUUUCUUACAUGUGCUUGACCUCCAGAAGAUGCAUGGACUAAUUUCACUCUCCCUUUACUACACACUAUUGCUAAAAGGGCCCAAAUCAAGUCUGACCGCUUGUGGUAGCGGUUCAGAUCCUAACAGGGCCAACAUUAACAUCUUCCCAUGGUCUGUUGGUUUUCCCCCAUAUUAAAAGGGAAUAGUCAAUUCAGUUGGAAGGAACAAAACUCCUCCUUUACAAAUCAUUAUUGCAACAUAUAUUUCAAGCAUAAAGAUGCAUCAGUUUCAUUACAUUGUUGGUCUGCUCGUAAUCAACAACCGUAUAAGAUCAACAGAAUGGUUGAUGUAGCAAGUAUUUUUCCAAGAAUCAAUAAAACCUGAUUAAUUCAGAGUGACGCUUUUGUGUUAAUUGAAAGGAAAAACCAAAACCAGCAGACACUAGGCCCUCCAUGGAAUGAGUUUGACACCCCUGGUCUAACUGGUGGUUGUUUGUUUCUGACGUUCUGUUGCAUGCCCACGAUUCCUAUAGAUGCCCAACACAGAAGUAAGAUGAACUGAUCUAGCCUUUAUUUCCAGGCUUCCUCACAUUGGUUCCGAUAGCAGAGUGAUACACGAGACUUGGAAGUAUCUUAAUGGGAGACUGUAACUGAUGUAAUUACCAUCAUCGAUAUCAGUUAUUUAUCUUGACCAUAAGACAUCCAGACAUCUACCAGGACAGUAACCAGGUACUGUUCAAGAUGUGUCCGGGGCUGAAGGAUGUUCCCUGUGACCGGCCCGUUCACAUGGGCCAGUCAGAGGAGCCUCGCUGCCCCCUGCACCUCUCCCUGCCUCCCCCCAUGUACCAGCCUGAACAGGAGACGGCCCUGACCCCAGAGCAGCUAGAUGCAGUACUACCCAAAGACAUGUACCUGAGUGCUGCAGAGCUACAGCCCACGGAGAGCCUGCCGCUAGAAUUCAGUGACGUACGUAAAGUCUGACCCACCAAGUUUCCUUCUCUUAUGAUAUACUCAUAGCCUGGAAUCCAGAUGUUUGUGCUAACAUUCCACUCCUUGUACUCUGUCUGGCAUAUGACACAGUACAAGGAGUGAAAUGUUACCACACAACAGGUCUGGAUUCCAGGCUAUGAGUAUAUCAUAAGAACAGGAAACUUGCUGGGAGUCUGUGGUGUAUGUAUAUCGCGCACUAAUUUUCACCCCCAAGAUUUACUUUCACUCUCCCUCUGCUUACCAUUAUUGCUAACGGUGCCUUAAUCAAGUCUGACAGCUUGUUGUAGCUGUCCAGAUCCAAACCGGGCAAACAUUAACAUCUUCCCAUGGUCUGUUGGUUUCCCCUCCCAUAUUAACAAAGGGGAUAGUCAAUUCAGUUGGAAGCAACAAACACAUUUAUUCCUCCGAAACUGAUUUCACCCCCCCAGAAUGUCUGAACAAAAAUAUAAAUACAACAUUUAAAGUGUCGGCCCCAUGUACUAAAAUAGUUUCAAAGUAUUUGAGAUGCUAAAAUCACACUUUGAUUCCAUGCCUUCUAGAAUGGCCUUAAAGGGAUACGUCGGGAUUUUUGGUGUUUCUUCUCCAGAGUCAAUGAACUCGUGGAUACAAUUACAGUUGAAGUCGGAAGUUUACAUACACUUAGUUUGGAGUCAUUAACUUGUUUUUCAACCACUCCACAAAUUUCUUGUUAACAAUCUAUAGUUUUGGCAAGUCGGUUAGGACAUAUAUUUUGUGCAUGACACAAGUAAUUUUUCCAACAAUUGUUUACAGACAGAUUAUUUCACUUAUUCACUGCAUCACAAUUCCAGUGGGUCAGAAGUUUACAUACACUAAGUUGACUGUGCCUUUUAAACAGCUUGGAAAAUUCCAGAAAAUGAUGUCAUGGCUUUAGAAGCCUCUGAUAGGCUAAUUUACAUAAUUUGAGUCAAUUGGAGGUGUACCUGUGGCUGUAUUUCAAGGCCUACCGUCAAACUCAGUGCCUCAUUGCUUGACAUCAUGGGAAAAUCAAAAGAAAUCAGCCAAGACCUCAGAACAAAACAUUGUAGACCUCCACAAGUCUGGUUCAUCCUUGGGAGCAAUUUCCAAACCCCUGAAGGUACCACGUUCAUCUGUACAAACAAUAGUACGAAUUACUUGUGUCAUGCACAAAGUAGAUGUCCUAACUGACUUGCCAAAACUAUAGAUUGUUAACAAGAAAUGUGUGGAGUGGUUGAAAAACGAGUUUUAAUGACUCCAACCUAAGUGUAUGUAAACUUCAGACUUCAACUGUGUGUGUAUAUAUGAAUGAAUUAGAUCAUGUGACACUUAGAUUGCAAACAGGUGGACUUUAUUUAACUAAUUAUGUGACUUCUGAUGGUAAUUGGUUGCACCAGAUCUUAUUUAGGGGCUUCAUAGUGAAGGGGGUGAAUACAUAUGCACGCACCACUUUUCCGUCAUUUAUUUUUUAGAAUUUUUUUUAAACAAGUUAGUUUUUUCAUUUCACUUCACCAAUUUUGACUAUUUUGUGUAUGUCCAUCACAUGGAAUCCAAAUAAUAAAAAUCCAUUUAAAUUACAGGUUGUAAUGCAACAAAAUAGGAAAAACGCCAAGGGGGAUGAAUACUUUUGCAAGGCACUGUACUUCCAAAGUUGUGGCAAAAUGGCUUAAAGAAAACAAAGUCAAGGUAUUGGAGUGGCCAUCACAAAGCCCUGACCUCAAUCCUAUAGAAAAUGUGUGGGCGGAACUGAAAAGGCGUGUGUGAGCAAGGAGGCCUACAAACCUGACUCCGUUACACCAGCUCUGUCAGGAGGAAUGGACCAAAAUUCACCCAACUUAUUGUGGAAGGCUACCCGAAACGUUUGACCCAAGUUACACAAUUUAAAGGCAAUGCUACCAAAUACUAAUUGAGUGUAUGUAAACUUCUGACCCACUGGGAAGGUGAUGAAAGAAAUAAAAGCUGAAAUAAAUCAUUCUCUCUACUAUUAUUCUGACAUUUCACAUUCUUAAAAUAAAGUGGUGAUCCUAACUGACCUAAGACGGGGAAUUUGUACUAGGAUGAAAUGUCAGGAAUUGUGAAAAACAGAGUUUAAAUGUAUUUGGCUAAGGUGUAUGUAAACUUCCGACUUCAACUGUAUGUCUACGUGCAGUAUGAAGGAAGUUAGAGGUAAUUUUGCGAGCCAAUGCUCACUAGCACAAAUGCUAGUUAGCAAUUGCGCUAACACUAUUUAGCAACUUCCUACAAACGGCACUCAGACAAAAAUGGUAUCCACGAGUUCAUCUGAUUCUGGGGUUAGUAGAUUAAAGGCUUCUUAUCCAAAAUCCUGAAGUAUCCCUUUUUAACAAGGCUCAAAGUAGCGGGAAUUGCAGUGGGGUCGUCAGGUUAAUUUUUUUACAGAUUAUUAUAUGGGACAAUAUACAAAAGAAUUUGAAAGAUUUAACUUUUUAUUUAAAUGUAUUUAUUGGUUCUAAUAAUUUUAAGAGAUUAUUGUAAUAAAUGUAAGGUUAUUUAUUGAUCAAUUUACAGAUUUUAUAGUUUCAUUGGAUUUGGUGGGAUGUGGUCAGCAGAAAUUCCAGCGCAAAAAAUGAGGUUCCCGUUGAUAAAGUUUGGAUACCACUGGCUUACUGUGUGUGCUCAACCAUAGCAUUAGUGUUAAUCCAUCACAAAAAUCUGCCUUUUACCUCCCCUGUAAUGUAGCGGUAUUAAUCUACUCUGCUGCGGAAUAGAAACAUCUUGUAACAUUUACCUCUAAUGUCCCCCCCCGUAGGACCUGGAUGUAGUGGGGUGUCCUCCGUCCCCUCUGAUGUUUGACACGGCCCUGGCUCUGGAGGACCAGACGAUCAGGGCCAUCGCUGAGGGUCCCAUGGACAUCCUAACUGGCAUUGAGCUGGACGCUUCGGGACACGACUCUGCUGACAUGGAGCUCUCUGAGAGAGUUCUGCAGUCUAUAGAGGACCAAGUGAGUUGUCGUCCUUGUUUCCUUAACCCCCUAGAGUCGACUGACACGCCGGUGCGUCAAUCUAAGUUGCAUAACAAACAUCCCCGUCAAAAUCCAUCAGUUUAAGCUAGAGAUCUGUUUUUUGCAUUUGAUGCGUCUAAAUCCACCGCAUCCGCCAGUGUCGCACUUCCGCAUCUGCGGUGAAAGGUGGCUGAAAUGGAGCGGUGUUUGUCAGACCAUGAGACAUCCCGAAAAUCAGUCUUCUCACAUAAACGUCUGAACGGUUUGGCCUAAACUAUUAUGACCUGUCUAUGGAAAAGGGAGACUCACGUGUUAUCAGUUUUUGCUCUAGGAUCCCCGCAAGUGUCACAGGACUCUUCUGAAGGUUACCGGUAAAAAAGGAACCAAUUUAAGUGAGGUAGUCCCAAAAAGGGAUUGAAAAUGUGUUUAAUAUAUAUACAUACACACACUACCACUGCCACCAGUCAAAAGUUUGGACACUUACUCAUUCAAGGGUUUCUUUAUUUUUAGUUUUAAAAAAUUACAUUGUAGAAUAAUGGUGAAGACAUCAAAACUAUUAAAUACCCCAUAUGGAAUCAUGUAGUAACCAGAAAAGUGUUAAACAAAUCACUAUGUUUUAGAUUCUUCAGAGUAGCCACCCUUUGCCUUGAUGACAGCUUUGCACACUCUUGGCAUUCUCUCAACCAGCUUCACCUGGAAUGCUUUUCCAACAGUCUUGAAGGAGUUCCCACAUAAGCUGAGCACUUGUUGGCUGCUUUUCCUUCACUCUGAGGUCCAACUCAUCCCAAACCAUCUCAAUUGGGUUGAGGUUGGGGGAUUGUAGAGGCCAGGUCAUCUGAUGUAGGACUCCAUCACUCUCCUUCUUGAUCAAAUAGCCCUUACACAGCCUGGAGGUGUGUUUUGGAGCAUUGUCCUGUUGAAAAACAAAUUAUUGUCCCACUAAGCGCUAACCAGGUGGGAUGGCGUGUCGCUGCAGAAUGCUGUGGUAGCCAUGCUGGCUAAGUGUGCCUUGAAUUGUAAAUAAAUUACAGACAGUGUCACCAGCAAAGCACCAUCACACCACCACCUCCAUGCGUCACGGUGGGAAUUACACAUGCGGAGAUCAUCCGUUCACCUACUCUAAGACUCAUCAGACCAAAGGACAGAUGUCCACCGGUCUAAUGUCCAUUGCUUGCAUUUCUUGGCCCAAGCAAGUCUCUUCUUAUUAUUGGUGUCCUUUAGUAGUGGUUUCUUUGCAGCAAUUUGACCAUGAAGGCCUGAUUCACGCAGUCUUCUCUGAACAGUUGCUGUUGAUGUGUCUGUUACUUGAACUCUGUGAAGCAUUUAUUUGGGCUGCAGUUUCUGAGGCUGGUAACUCUAAUGAACUUAUCCUCUGCAGCAGAGGUAACUCUGGGGCUUCCUUUCCUGUGACGGUCCUCAUGAGAGCCAGUUUCAUCAUAGCGGCCGAUGUUUUUUGCCACUGCACUUGAAGAUAAAAUGUCUUGACAUUUUCCGGAUUGACUGACCUUCAUGUCUUAAGGUAAUGGACUGUCAAUUCUCUUUGCUUAUUUGAGAUGUUCUUGCCAUAAUAUGGACUUCUGUCUUCUGUAUACCACCCCUGCAACUGAUUGGCUCAAACACAUUUUAAGAAGGAAACACCUACUCAUUCAAGGGUUUUUCUAUAUUGUUACUAUUUUCUGCAUUGUAGAAUAAUAGUGAAGACAUCAAAACUAUGAAAUAACACACAGAAUCAUGUAGUAACCAAAAAAGUGUUGAAAAAAGCAAUAUAUUUGAGAUUCUUCAAAUAGCCAGCCUUUUGCUUUGCACACUCUUGGCAUUCUCUCAACCAGCUUUAUGAGGUAGUCAACUGGAAUGCAUUUUAAUUAACAGGUGUGCGUUCUUAAGAGUUAAUUAGUGGAAUUGAUUUCCGUCUUAAUGCUUUUGUGCAAAUCAGUUGUGUUGUGACAAGGUGGGGGGGGGGGGGGGGGGGGGGGGGGGUAUACAGAUGAGAGCCCUAUUUGGUAAAAGACCAAGUCCAUAUUAUGGCAAGAACAGCUCAAAUAAGCAAAGAGAAACGACAGUCCAUCAUUACUUUAAGACCUGAAGGUCAGUCAAUACGGAAAAUGUAAAGACCUUUGAAAGCUUCUUCAAGUGCAGUCGCAAAAACCAUCAAGCGCUAUCAUGAAACUGGCUCUCAUGAGGGCAGCCGUAGGAAUGGAAGACCCAGAGUUACCGCUGCAGCAGAGGGUAAGUUCAUUAUUUACCAGCCUCAGAAAUUGCAGCCCAAAUAAAUGCUUCACAGAGUUCAAGUAACAGACACAUCUCCACAUCAACUAUUCAGAGGGGACUGUGUGAAUCAGGCCUUCAUGGUCGAAUUGCUGCAAAGAAACCACUACUAAAGGACACCAGUAGGAAGAGUCCUGCUUGGGCCAAGAAACAUGAGCAAUGGACAUUAGACCGCUGGAAAUGUGUCCUUUGGUCUGGAGUCCAAAUUGGAGGUUUUUGGUUCAAACCACUGUCUUUGAGACGCGGUGUGGGUGAACGGAUGAUCUCCGCAUGUGUAGUAACCACCAUAAAGCAUGGAGAAGGCGUUAUGGUUUGGGGGCGCUUUGCUGUUGACACUGUGAUUUUAUUUAGAAUUCAAGGCACACUUAACCGGCAUGGCUACCACAGCAUUCUGCAGCGAUACGCCAUCCCAUCUGGUUAGCGCUUAGUGGGACUAUCAUUUGUUUAUCAACAGGACAAAAACCCAACACAUCUCCAGGCUGUGUAAGGGCUAUUUGACCAAGAAGGAGAGUGAUGUCGUGCUCCAUCAGAUGACCUGGCCUCCACAAUCCCCCGACCUCAACCCAAUUGAUACAAUCUCUAUUGCACUCCACAUUGCCCUUUCCCACCUAGACAAGAGGAACACCUAUGUGACAAUGCUAUUCAUUGACUACAGCUCAGCGUUCAACACCAUAGUGCCCUCAAAGCUCAUCACUAAGCUAAGGACCCUGGGACUAAAACACCUCCCUCUGCAACUGGAUCCUGGACUUCCGGAUGGGCUGCCCCCAGGUGUUAAGGGUAGGUAACAACACAUCUGCCGCGUUGAGCCUUAACACAGGGGCCCCUCAGGGGUGCGUGCUCAGUCAGUGUACUCCCUGUUCACCCAUGACUGCAUGGCCAGGCACGACUCCAACGCCAUCAAGUUUGCCGAAGACACAACAGUGGUAGGCCUGAUCACCGACAAUAAUGAGAGCCUAUAGGAAGGAGGUCAGAGACCUGGCCGUGUGGUGCCAGGACAACAACCUCUCCCUCCACGUGCUCAAGACAAAGGAGAUGAUUGUGGACUUCAGGAAAGAAAAGAGGACUGGGCACGCCCCCAUUCUCAUCGACGGGGCUGUAGUGGAACGGAACAGGAAGACCCUAAAAAUUAUCAACGACUCCAGCCACCCUAGUCAUAGACUGCUCUCUCUGCUACCGCACGGCAAGCGGUACCGGAGCGCCAAGUCUAGGUCCAAAAGGCUUCUUAACAGCUUCUACCCCCAAGCCAUAAGACUCCUGAACAGCUAAUCAUGGCUACCUGGACUAUUUGCAUUGCCACCCCAACCCCCUCUUUUACGCUGCUGCUACUCUGUUUUAUUAUUUAUGCACAGUCACUUUAACUCUACCCACAUGUACAUAUUACCUCGACUAACAGGUGCGCCCGCACAUUGACUCUGUACCGGUACCCCCUGUAUAUAACCUCCCUACUGUUAUUUUAUUUUACUGCUGCUCUUUUAAUUAUUUGCUAUUUAAAUAAAAAAAUAUCUUAAACUGCAUUGUUGGUAAUGGCCUUGUAAGUAAGCAUUUCAUUGUAAUGUCUACACCUGUUGUAUUCGGCGCAUGUGGCAAAUAAGAUUUGAUUUGGAAUUGAGAUGGUUUGGGAUGCGUCGGAUGGCAGAGUGAAGGAAAAGCAGCCAACAAAUGCUCAGCAUAUGUGGGAACUUUUUCAACACUGUUGGAAAACCAUUCCAGGUAAAGCUUGUUGAGAGAAUGCAAAGAGUGUACGAAGCUGUCAAGGCAAAGGGUGGCUAUUUGAAGAAUCUCAAAUAUAUUUUGAUUUGUUUAACAAUUUGGGGGGGGUUACCACAUGAUUCCAUGUGUUAUUUCAUAAUUUUGAUGUCUUCACUAUUAUUCUACAAUGUAAAAAAUUAAGAAACCCUUGAAUGAGUAGGUGUCCAAACAUUUGACUGGUACUGUGUGUGUGUGUAUAUAUAUUUCCAUUGUUUUUUAUAUAUAUAUAUCAUCUUCUAGAUUUAGGACAGACACUUCAAAACCUUGUUUCUUAUAUUUUUUUACUGUCCUUUUUGCCAUUUAUGAAUGUUAUUCAAUGCGUUUCUAUGGGCAUUAGUAAUAAAGGCCAAAAUCUAUUUUCAUUCUACCUAAAGGGGUCCUAAAAAUAAAAUGGCUAAAUUGUCCAUAGAAUGACCGUAUUAAAACAAUUAUAUAUGUCAGCUUACCACCCCCCUUCAAAGAAAUGACUAACCAACGGCACAAUACAGAAAAAUACAUUGUUCUCAUAAAGUUGAAUAGAUUUAAAAUGUACUAUACCUUCAAUGUAUUCAUACCCCUCAAGUUAUUCCACAUUUUAGUUGUUACAGCCUGAAUUCAAAAUGAUGACAUUUAAUUUCUCACCCAUCUACACACAAUACGCCAUAAUGACAAAGUGAGAAAGUUUUUAACAUUUUAUGAAAAUGUUUGAAUUAAAUGCAGGAAUCUAAUUUAUGUAAAUAUUCACACCCCUGAGUCAAUUUUGUAGAAGCGCCUAUGGCGGCAAUUACAGCUUUGUGUUGUCUUGUAUAUCUAUCAGCUUUGCACAUCUGGAUUUUCACGUUCUUCCUUGCAGAUUUUCUCAAGCUCUGUUAAGUUCGAUGGGGAGUGGCGGUGAACAGCAAUCAAGUCUUUCCACAGAUUUUCAAUGGAAUUCAAGUCUGGACUUUGGCUGGGCCACUCAAGGACUUUCUCAUAUUUGUUCUGAAGCCAUUCCAGCGUCGCUUUAGCUGUAUGCUUGGUCAUUGUCCUGUUGGAACACAAAUCUUUGCCCCAGUCUGUUUGCACUCUGAAGCAGGUUCUCAUCAAGGAUUUGCCUGAUUUGGCUCCAUUAAUUGUUCCCUCUAUCCUUACCAGUCUCCCAGUCCCUGCUGCUGAAAAGCAUCCCCAUAGCAUGAUGCUGCCACCCCCAUGCUUCACGGUAGGGAUAGUGUUAGAUGGGUGAUGAGCUGUGCCUGGUUUUCUCCAGAAAUGGCACAUUGCAUUCAGGCCAAAGAGUCAAAUUGUUGUCUAAUCAGACCACAGAAUCUUUUGCCUUAUGCUCAGUCUUUCACGUGCCUUUUUGCGUACUCCAGGCGUGCUGUCGUGCCUUUUUCGUCUGGUCACUCUCCCAUAAAGCCCAGAUUGGUGAAGUGCUGUUGAGACCAUUGUCCUUCUGGCAGGUUCUCCCAUCUCUGCCAAGGAACUCUGUAGUUCUGUUAUUGGGUUCUUUGUCACCUCCCUGACCAAGGUCCUUCUUGCCCGGUUGCUCAGUUUGGUUGGACGGCCAGCUCUAGGCGAAGUCUGGGGUAGUUCCAUAUUUUUUCCAACACCGGUGUUUUGUUUCUAAAUCAUGUCCAAACUAUUUAAUUGGCAACAGAUGGACUCCAAGUUUUAGUGACAUCUCAUGGAUUAUCAUAGGAAGUUGGAUGCACCUGAGCUCUAUUUGGAGAGUCAUAGCAAAGUGGUGUGAAUACUUAUGUAAAUUAGGUAUUUCUGUAUUUCAUUUUCAAUACAUUUGCUAAAAUGUCUACAUGUUUUCAUGUUGUCAUUAUGGGGUAUUUUGUGUAUAUGCGUGAGGGGAAACGGAUCUAUAUAAUCCAUUUUGAAUUCAGGCUGUAACACACCAAAAUGUGGAAUAAGUCAAGUGGUAUGAAUACUUCCUGAAGGCACUGUACAUUGUUGAUGGCUAAUGCCUGCUAUAAAUUAAUCUAGCUUUAGCUAAACUGCUCAUCUUCUUCCUCUCCAGAUUGUAUCAGAGGUAAUAGGAGAAGGGGACACCACGGAAAAUUCAUCAACAGAACUGGACCAUGUUGCUGCAGACACCUCCAGAUGAAAGAGCUUUGCCUCAACCCAUGUUCAAAUUACAAACUUGUGUUGAAUUACAGAGACUAAUAUUGAGUUGACCAAUUCAAAGCCAGGAUAGAUCUACAAGGUGGUAGAUCAUAACGGUGCCUUUGCACACCAUUGCCAAAUGACAACUGUUAAGUCAUUGUUUAAUCAGUUGUCGUAUUGCUAACUUUUGCUCAUACUCUCAAUGAGUCGUUUCAAUGUCUGUCUGGUCUCGUGCACUGUUGCCUUUCUGAACUUUACCUGUGUAAUUUAACAACUCCUGGCUUCUCCAUAAACUACAAACAGAUUAUAUAUUGUAUACCAAGUCAGUGUUGGUAUAGUGAAGAGAUGAAACACCCUUGCAAGUCUUUGGUUUGUUACUGUUCAUUAAACACUCCACAAAUAAA